AUGGCGCAUUAUGCGAUUCAACAAGAUGUCCGUGAUACUGCCUCCUCUUCAAGAACGUAUACAAGACGCGACGAUCGCAGUGAGUCUCACAACUGUCUUUUUCGAGAUUAUUUUGCCGAGGAACCGAAAUUUAAUGAGACUUUUUUUAGACAAAGGUUUCGUAUGAGUAGACGGUUGUUUGUGAAGAUAGCUUCAGAUUUGGAAAACAAUUUUACUUAUUUUCAAAGGAAGAUCGAUGCUCGUGGUAAAUGGGGGUUUUCGGCUUUACAGAGAUGCACAUCUGCAGUUCGCCAGUUAGGAUACGGUAGUAAUCCCGACAGUUUAGAUGAUUACCUAAAUAUGUCGGAAAGAUCAUCACGUGACACCCUUAAUGCUUUUUGUGAUGGAGUCAUUAAGUUGUAUCGACAUGAAUAUUUGCGUAGGCCAACGCGUACAGAUACGCAACGCAUUCUUGAUCAUCAUGCUUCUUAUCAUGGUUUUCCCGGCAUGUUAGACGGCACAGCACCGUUGGUUCCAUUCACUGUAAAUGGAACUGAAUAUCAGUACCCGUAUUUUCUCGUGGAUGGGAUCUACCCAAGAUAUGCGAUGUUUGUGAAAACGAUUUCCCAUCCAACCGGUGAGAAAAGGAUUCGAUUUACUAAGGCACAGGAGGCUGCAAGGAAGGAUGUGGAGCGAGCUUUUGACGAGGACCACGCUAUAAGUCCUGAUUACAUUCCAGAUCCCCCUGUUGCGCCACAGCCAUCGGAUGAACGAUUGUUUGAGAUACAGAACCCAAACGUUCACGAGGAUCUUAAGAUGGAUCUCAUUGACCAUAUUCAUCGCACAUUCAUCCUGGGCAUCGAUCGCUAG